ACUGCGUGGAUGAUACUUCCGGCUGAUUGUUCGAAGCCGCUGGAGGAAAAAAUGCGUUUUGAAGCCGAGCCAACAUGUCUAUAUCGUUGAUUCAUCACAGUACAUGUAACGUUAUCAUUUUAAUGCCCGCACACCUAUAGUCGUGGCAGGAUGUUGGUCGGCUACAGCAGCAGCUCGGAGGAGGAAAGUGAGGCGACUGAUCGAAACAAAAGUUUUUCUCGAAAGUGUCAAGAGGAAGAUGGUGGUAACAACGCCAGCCUAACGAGGAAGAAACCCAAAAUUGAGGAACAGGUUGCUAAAACAAGGUGUUCUGUUGUCCCUUCCAGGACAUUUCUGGGGAUGGAAGUGUGUGCUGGGCAUGCUCAGUUGUUGGACCUGGCCCAAGCAGUGGACAGAACAAUGAAGGAGUUUCGCCUGGAUACUUUCUAUACGGAGCCAUCGUUCCACGUGAGUCUGGCCUGGUGUGUCGGAGACUUGACGGGACAGAUGGAGGAGUGCAUUCAGGAGAUGCAGAGUCUGAUUGAUGACCACGAAGAAGGACCAUUUCUGUUGCGGUUGGACUGCGUGGAGUUGCGCUGCAGCACGGGAAACAAGACCUUCCGCUUCCCUCUGGAGCCCUAAGAUCUGACACAUUUAAACCCUUACCACUGUGUUGAUGUUGAGUUGCAGCACACAAGAGCUAGAAACAAAGACAAUCAAGGCUCAAUGGGGAAAAAUAUAUGAGUUGUAUUUUAAUACCGUAUAUAAAUAAAGUAGUGACUGGUUUUAUAUUUCAUUUUGCAUGGGACAAUACUAAUGCUACGAGAUGUGGUCAGUGUUCAGGAAGGUUGUCUUUUAGAGAAUUCUGACGCACGUGUGAGAAGCUGCACAUGUGAACAGGUGACAUGCAAAAGCCUUCAAUAACAGGAAGUUGUGGACUUUAAUCAGUAUUGAAACCUCGCCGAGUGGUUCAUAUUUCUUGCCACUUACCUCACAGGAGGGAAUUAGUCGUGUCAGUAAUGACCGUUAUGUUAAUCUCAAGGCUCUACUGUUCUAGAGCGUGAGAAUCAAAUGUUUUUACAUGAUGGAUGUGCUGUAAAAAAUUAAAGUCAAGGACUGAAUUGUAACAUUUGAAAUAUUUUACUAUAUAGAAGGCCGCACAUGUUUAUUACACACAUUUAUGAUAGUUCACAGCAGCUAUGAAGUCUUGGUCUGGCCCAGUGAGGGCUGGAUGGCACAGUACAAUCACUCAGGACAGAGAUUCUGACUACAUGUUCACAAAGACAAGGAGUCAACUUUUAACCUCUAAAGUGAAGUUUAAGUCUGUCAAAAGAGAAACAAGAUCAGAUUUAUACCAUAAAACAACCCAAAAAAGUACCCUCAUUUGUGCCUGUGAACAUCCAGUGCUUCAAGCCACCUGGCUUUUUAAAGCAGGUCAUUUAAUUUUAGAACUUGCGAUUGCUUACAAAUGCUAAAACACCAAGAAAAAUACCGCCUCUACUAAAAAAAAAAAAAAAAAAAAAAAAAA